AGUCAGUGUGAAGAAGAAGGAAUUUGGGGGUUUAGAUUUUUAUACGAUCUUUGUCGCCGCCGUUAGUUAGCGUCGUCUCAGUAAUGGAUUUGUAAGAGGAAUCGGAAAGGUCGCGGUAGAGUCUGUGAUUAUAAGAAAAGGAAACCCUAGAUUGUCGCUUUCUUUGCCUCUCGGAGUUUGUUUCUGUUUCCGUCAAUCAUGACGUCUCUUUCUAUUCAACCAUUUCCAGAGAUUUCAAGGAUGGCUAGAAAUUUAGACUCGCGAAAGAAAAGAAGGAUCUCUUUAGAUGGAAUUGCUGCCUUAUGUGAGCAUUCCAAAGAGAUCAUUGAUUCAUUGCCUAUGUUGAAUUCACCUGACUACUUCUUGAAGCCAUGUAUGAACGAGCUGGUUGAGCGAGAAAUUGAAAGCCCUGAUUAUUGCAGCCGGGUUCCUGAUUUCACUAUUGGCAGGAUUGGUUACGGUUAUAUCAAGUUUAUUGGAAACACAGAUGUAAGAAGGUUGGACUUGGAUCAGAUAGUUAAGUUUCGAAGGCACGAGGUAAUUGUUUAUGAUGAUGAGAGCUCCAAGCCAGUUGUUGGUGAGGGACUUAACAAGGCUGCUGAGGUGACUCUGAUUGUAAACAUACCAAAUCUAACUUUGGGGAAAGAGCAAGUUGACCAUAUUGCUUACAAAUUAAAACAGAGCACGGAAAGACAAGGGGCAACUUUCAUCUCAUUUGAUCCCGAUAAUGGUUUUUGGAAGUUCUUGGUUCCUCAUUUCAGCAGAUUUGGAUUGAGUGAUGAUGAGGCAGAUGAUAUUGCUAUGGAUGAUGCGCCAGGUUUGGGAGAUUCCGUAGGACUGGAUGGUAACAAGGUAGCUGACAUUGAUGAAGAAGAUCAAAUGGAAACUUCUGAGCCAGAGCUUUCUCACUCUCUUCCAGCUCAUCUAGGACUUGAUCCUGGAAAGAUGAAAGAAAUGAGAAUGCUGAUGUUUCCUAAUGAAGAUGUAGACGAGAGUGAGGACUUUAGAGAGCAAACUUCCCAUAAUAUGACAUCCUUGACUAAACGAAAUGUAAGACCUUCACAGAAAAUUUCUCAAAGAAAUAGUCAUCAAGACCCUCCACCUGUCGUACGGAAAACUCCGCUUGCUUUGCUGGAGUAUAACCCUGGUAAUGAUAAAAGCUCCCCAGGCAGUAUCCUGAUGGUGCAACAAAAUAAGAAUCUGGCAGUGAGAAAGUCGAAAACGGGAGGUUUCGAGCUGGACAUCAGCCAUGUCACGCCAUUAACUGAUAACUAUUCCCGCAAUGUUGUUGAUGCAGCAUUAUUCAUGGGAAGGUCGUUCCGAGCAGGUUGGGGCCCAAAUGGCGUCCUUUUUCACACUGGUAAGCCAAUAUGUAGCUCCAGUUCCCAGAUGGUAUUGUCUUCUGUGAUCAAUAAAGAAAAGAUAGCAAUCGACAAAGUGGUUUGGGAUAGAAAGGGAAAAGUUCAGAAAGAACUUAUUGAUUCUGUGUUUGAGGCUCCCUUAAGUCUCCACAAGGAAUUAGAUCAUGUAGAAGAAGAAGUUAGGUUUGGCUCUUUCAGUCUUAAACUUCAGAAUGUUGACACUGAUCGUGUAGCUCUUUCAGAUAUCUGCCGAAAUUAUAUUGGUAUAAUCGAGAAACAGCUGGAAGUUGCUGGGUUGUCCACAUCUGCGAAGCUGUUUUUGAUGCACCAAGUCAUGGUGUGGGAACUCAUAAAAGUUCUCUUCUCUCAGAGACAGAGUACUGAACGUUUGAAUUAUGCAGCUUCUGAUAAUGAGGAAGAGAUGAUGCAGGAUGUGAAGGAAGAUUCUGCAGAAAUUGAUACAGAAGCUCUUCCGCUUAUCCGAAGAGCAGAAUUCAGUUGUUGGCUCCAAGAAAGUGUCAGUCACCGUGUACAAGAAGAUGUGAGUGAUCUAAAUGGGUCUGGCUACCUUGAGCACUUAUUCUUUCUUCUAACUGGACGAGAGCUUGAUUCAGCUGUGGAACUUGCCAUAUCUAAGGGAGAUGUUAGACUUGCUUGUUUGUUGAGCCAGGCUGGUGGAUCAACUGUAAACCGCAAUGAUAUCUUGCAGCAGCUUCACCUUUGGAGAAGGAAUGGGCUGGAUUUUAAUUAUAUCGAGAAGGAGAGAAUUAAGCUUUAUGAAUUGCUUGCUGGUAAUAUCCAUGAUGCGUUACAAGAUUUUACAAUUGACUGGAAGAGAUUCCUAGGGUUGUUAAUGUGGCAUCAUCUUCCUCCCGACAGUUCAUUACCUGUCAUCUUCAGAAGCUAUCAGCUCCUACUAGAUCAGGCAAAAGCUCCGUGGCCCGUCCCAAUAUAUAUUGACGAAGGACCUGCAGAUGGGUUUGUAAGCAACAAGCAUUCUGACCUCUUGUAUUAUCUUAUGCUUCUGCACAGCAAAGAAGAUGAAGAAAUUGGUUUCCUGAAGACUAUGUUCAGUGCCUUCUCUUCGACUGAUGAUCCACUUGACUAUCAUAUGAUCUGGCACCACCGAGGAAUUCUAGAAGCAGUUGGAGCUUUCACUUCAGAUGAUCUUCACACUCUCGAUAUGGGAUUUGUUGCACAGCUUCUCUCUCAGGGCCUUUGUCAUUGGGCUAUCUACGUUGUUCUUCACAUACCCUUCCGUGAAGAUCAUCCAUAUCUACACGUCAUUGUCAUUCGGGAAAUCCUGUUUAAAUUCUGUGAAACUUGGAGUUCUGUGGAAUCACAACGGCAAUUUAUCAAGGACUUGGGUAUCCCUUCUGAAUGGAUGCACGAAGCUCUGGCAGUUUAUUACAAUUACCAUGGAGAUUUCGUAAAGGCUCUUGACCACUUUAUUGAAUGCGCAAACUGGCAAAAAGCUCAUUCCAUUUUUAUUACGUCAGUUGCUCAUUCAUUGUUUUUGUCAGCUAACCAUUCAGAAAUAUGGAGAAUCGCUACUUCAAUGGAUGAUCGCAAGUCUGAGAUUGAAAACUGGGAUUUGGGUGCUGGGAUUUACAUGUCAUUCUAUUUACUAAAGAGUUCACUGCAAGAAGAUGCUGAUACGAUGGUAGAACUGGAACCCCUUGAUAGCACAAACGAGUCGUGCAGAAGUUUUGUCGGUCGUUUAAACGAAUCAUUGGCUGUUUGGGGUGACAGAUUACCAGUUGAAGCUAGAGUGGCAUACUCAAAGAUGGCAGAGGAAAUAUGCGAUUUGCUUCUGUCAGAUCUGAGUUUGGAUCCAAGCCGAGAGAGUCAGCUAAAAUGUUUUGAGACGGCCUUUGAUGCCCCUUUGCCAGAAGAUAGUCGGUUUGCUUUUGUCUUGCGUGAAUGAUUUGAUUUGGUCGUGUUGUUGUUUUAGCAAAAUCCCCCAAAUCUUAUAAAUAUUUUGUCAAAAG